CGAGGUCGGGCCCGGCCGACCGCAACUCCAUGACGCGCGUCACCCUGCUCGACUACGGCGCCGGCAACGUGAAGUCGCUCUACAACGCGCUCGUCGCUCUCGGCUGCGAUGUCGAGCAGACGGACAAGCCAGAGGCCGUCGCGUCGGCCGCGAUUCUCUUCUUCCCGGGAGUGGGCGCGUUUGGCUCUUGCAUGGCGAUGCUCGAGCGAAAACAGCUGGUGGAGCCGCUGCGCGCGUACAUCCGCGCCGGCCGGCCCUUCCUCGGCAUCUGCCUUGGCAUGCAGACGCUGUUCGAGUCGUCAGAGGAGAGCCCUGGCGUCGCUGGACUUGGCGUCGUGCCUGGCGCCGUCGGUCGGUUUGACGUCGCGUCGCACGGUCUGUGCGUCCCGCAGAUCGGGUGGAACGGUGUGGCGGCGGCGCAGCCGUCGCCGCUGCUCGGCUCGCUGGCGGAGGGAGACGCGCUCUACUUUGUCCACUCCUUCCGCGUGCCGCGCUCCGAGGCCGUCGCGCCGUGGGUGCUCUGCGAGACCGAGUACGGCGAUCGGUUCGUCUCGGGCGUCGCCAACGGCAAGGUCGCCGCGGUCCAGUUCCACCCCGAGAAGUCUGGCGCCGUCGGGCUCGCGCUGCUCGGAGCCUUCCUCGCCUCGUCGACCGCAGAGCCGCCGCCGCGCGCGGUCGCCGCCGCCGCCGCCGGAGGCGGUAGCACGCGGCCGCGGCUCGGCGCGGGCAAGCUGUCCGCGGGCCCUUGCCGCCGCAUCGUCGCCUGCCUCGACGUGCGCGCCAACGACGCGGGCGACCUCGUGGUGACCAAGGGCGACCAGUACGACUGCCGCGAGAAGGCCCGCGGAGCCGGCGGCGGCGAGGUGCGCAACCUGGGCAAGCCGGUGGCGCUGGCGCGGAGGCGCCGCGAGGAGGGGGCGAGGCCGCCUCCCUCAGCCUUCUUCACACGUCUAGCCGUGAGCAGGUACUACGAGGAGGGGGCAGACGAGGUCACUUUCCUCAACAUCACGGGCUUCCGCGAGUGCCCGCUGACGGACCUGCCGAUGCUCAAAGUGAACGCACACACACGCACACACCUCCCCCCUCCCCCGCGUCUCCCCGCAGGCGGCAUCAAGGACCUCGUCGACGCGCAGGGAACACGCUCGUCCGCGCUGCAGGUCGCCGACGCCUACUUCCGCGCCGGCGCGGACAAGGUCUCUCUCGGCUCCGACGCGGCGGAGGCUGCCCGCGCGUACCUCGAGCGCGGAGGCACGUGCGACGGCUCGACCUCGAUCGAGGCCAUCUCCGCAAAGUACGGCGCGCAGGCGUGCGUCGUCUCGAUCGACCCGCGCCGCGUGUGGGUGGCGGACGCCGCCGCCGCAGAGGGGCACGCGCUCGCCGACCACGCGGGUCCGCUCGGCCGCGGCGGACGCGGUCCCGCCGGCGAGUCGCUCUGCUGGUACGAGUGCACGCUGCAGGGCGGCCGCAAGGGGUCGGGGCUCGACGUCGUGCAGGUGGCGCGCGCGGUGGAGGCGCUCGGGGCCGGCGAGCUGCUCGUCAACUGCAUCGACUGCGACGGCCACGCCGGCUUCGACCUGCCGCUCAUGGCGAUGCUCAAGGCGGCCGUCUCGAUCCCGGUGAUUGCCUCGUCGGGCGCCGGCGCGCCCGAGCACUUCAGCGAGGUCUUCCGCAGCACGCAGGUCGAGGCGGCGCUCGCCGCGUCCAUCUUUCACCGCCGGACGGUCGCGAUCAGCGCUGUCAAGGAGUGCUGCGCCACCGCGGGGUUCGCGGUGCGCGCCGCGGCCACGCCGAGCCAGGAGUUUGCGCCGCCCCCCGAGAGCGAGUGA